AUGACCUGCCGCCAUGGUUCCAACUCUUCCAUGCGAUGGAGGAGGAAGAUCAAGGACCAGACUUGCUUUUGUGGGUUGAAGACGACAAUCAAGAAGUCCAGCACAAGAGAGAAUCCAGAUAGGUUGUUCCACACUUGUGCAAGAUACCUUAAGGGAAGCCACUGCAACUUCUUUAGGUGGGUUGAUGAUGAUAGGUAUGUAGCAGGGGCAAAAACUGAUGCAGAGGUUGGUGGUGACUAUGAUGAAUGGAGACUGAAUGUGUCAUGGAGAUUGGGUAGCUUGGAGGAUAAAGUUAGAGCAAUGAAGAUGCUAAUAAUCCUAGGAGUAGGCACGAAUGUCAUGAAGGUUUAUAUCUUUUUUGCAGUUGCAGAAGUUGUUCCUUUCAAUGUCUCAGCAGAUAUGGCCACAGGUGACUUCGUGGAGGCAUUCAAUCUUGUCUUGCUUUUGAUGACAUGCAAUUUGGGUGGCCUGCCUCUCUUUGCACCCUGCAUAGGCCAGUUGCAGAACCAUUAA